AUGACCAAUCAUUCUGGGAGACAUGCCCUCUUCCAUGAACCAGAAACUCAAGCUUUAGUUUUUAUUUUUUGUAAUAGUUUUUUUGAAGAAGGUUUCGACUUUCUUUUUGGCUGGGGAAAAGCUUCAAAGUGUAAAAAGCUUAUCAAACGUGUUCAGUGUCACUGGAAGCUGCUGAAGAACAAGAGGUUGACGAUCGUGAAACAGCUGCGGGAGGAUCUUGCUCAGCUCAUCAAACUUGGCUAUGAAAAAACUGCUUUUAAUCGGGCUGAGCAGCUUGUUAAAGAUGAGAAUAUAAUGGCGGUCUAUGAUCUGUUGGAUCACUUCUGUGAAUUUAUUUACGUUGAAUUAUCAUAUAUUCGCAGACACAAGGACUGUCCUAAUGAUAUCAAUGAAGCAGUUUCGAGCCUUAUAUUCGCUUCUGCAAGAUGUGCAGAACUUCCCGAGCUUCCGGUGAUUCGGAAGCUCUUCGGGGAGCGUUACAAUCAUCGGUUUGCCAAGGCGGCAUUUGAAUUACUUCUUGGGAAUCUGGUGAACCGUGGGAUACAAGAGAAGCUGUCCGUAAAAUCAGUUUUGUAUGAUGUGAAGAACAGAUCGAUCGAUGAAAUAGUCCGAGAUUACUGCCUACAGCCUGAAAUUUUGGCACUCGCAUACUUCCCCGAAUUGCAACGCCGGAUAACAGAUGUUAUGUCAGCUUAUGAUCCAUCUUAUCGCGCCUUGCAUAUACCAAGUGAAAAUGGAGCAGUUGAAGAUGAUGACGAUGAAAAGCCUGAUGCUGAACUAGGUUCUGCUAGCAAGAAAAGAAGAGUACUAAAUUAA